GCACCCUGAAAAAUACUAUUUCGUUACAUUUCUUUCUGUCGUCGGAAUUAAAUUGUAGUGAUAUAAAUACGGGGAAACACUGAUGAGGCCCAGAAAGCCUAACUGGUCUACAGAGCAAAAGCUCCUGUUGGUGCAGUUAGUGAAAGCCAGGAGAGAAGGUCUACUGACUGGCAGGCAUUCUUGCCGAGAGACAGCAACCAACCGGAGAUGGGCAUGGGAUGAGAUUGCAGAGGAAAUCUCCAAUGCCCACCCUGAUGUUCCCCGUACAGGAAAGGAGUGUGAGAGACACUGGUUUAUAGAGCAAGCCAAAGCCAGAGAUGCUCUGGUAACCCAAAAGUCACCUACAGAACAUAUCAAUCCAGUGACCAAACUAGUGCUGGAAAUCCUCAGACUACAGAGAAAGAACACAGAGUUUAGAGACAGGCUUGAAGAAGACAGUACAAGCUGUCAAGAAGAGGAUGAACAAAUGGAAGUGAAAUAUGUUCCAACUACAGAUACACCUUUUAUAAACAUUGAGUUGCCCCUAAAUCACACAAAUAAUAAUAAUAGUGAAGAUAAUGCUCCGGCCAGUCCCCUAUCCCCGCUGUCGCCCUCUGCAGAAAAAAAGACACUAGAGAUAUCUGUUCUUCGCCGUCAAGAACGUGUGUUACAGUUGCAGGAGGAAUACUAUUCCCUCAAAAUCAAACAUCUCAAAGCACGGAUGCUGAUGGACCUUUGAUGGGACAGUGGGGAAAAAAGACUGUUUUAUUGUUUUGUUUUUUUUAUUAAACACUAGGAAUUCUAGGUCUAGAUUUCAAUUGUCAUAGAUGUGGCUUCAAUUACCUGCUGAAUCAAAAGAUGAUCAUAUUGACCACAAUUCUGUUUGUAUCUGAUUAGUCUCCAGAAAAACAGAAUGAAUCCUUUGUGUUGUACACCGUAUGUGUGUGCUUCAUGAGAAAUUGUCUGGCUCCUUAUAAUCGAAUGUUCAAUAUUUGAUAUAGUAGAUUGCGAGAUAGUAAUUUAUCUUCUCAGUUAUAAUACUGUAUAUAAAAUGUGGACAUCCAGGCAAGCAUUGUAUAGACAAUGUUAUUAUCUGCUGAUCGGAGUUAUGUCUGCCUAAUUAUAGCUAAUAAGUUUUUGAAUGUCAAACUGGUUUUAGAUGAACUUAUGAGCAAUAUCAGCUUAAAGGCAGGAGACAGAAAAGCUUCAGAGGUAUUUGUCAAAGAUACCUUAAAAUUCCAAGGAGGAGUUUAUAGUUUGCAGGCCAAGUAUAGUCCUGCACUGACAAACUGUCUAAAAUAACAGCAUAGUGAAACAGUAGGUAUGUUCUCUGUGAGAGGCUGUCAUGCUAUUUUGUGAAAGAAUAUCCCUGUUCAGACCUGGUAUUUACAUCCAUCUCAGAAGUUGUCCACUGAGAAUGGUAACUGUUCACACCUGUUAUUUCUAUGUUUUGAAUGUGUGUUCAGUGAACACUUGUAAUUUGUUAGUCAUAGGGUUGCCAAUUCUGUCAAAAGCAACCCAACAUCACUUCAAAUCCAAACCUAAAUAUACUAGCCGAUGCCAAAUGAAAACAACUUCCAAUGUUAUUUUUUUUAAUAAACCAUCGCAUACUGAGGGUCUAUAAAAGUUUCACUCGUAUUGCACAUCAUUCCCAUGUGGUUGUGCAGCGGAUUUGACAUGAUUUGCUAAUCUAAUCAUAUUUAAUGUGUUUUCAACAGUCACAUAAAUGAAAAGAGAGGGAAGGAACUUGUGACUUGUGAAUUCAGGGAUUGAGUUUUGGGCUUGUGACCCAAAACUAAACAAGUUAAUGGGAUUGUAGUCUCUUUGGUCAAAAAAAAAAAAAAAAAAAUGUAGCAAUCAUGCCAAAUUUUGCCUCCAUGUUUUUUUUUUAAUGUCAGUUAUUUGAUAGCUAGUUAACCCCACCUUCCUUCUAAAAUGAUAUGCCAUUAGGACUGCCUGUAAUCACAUGACUUUGGAAGCUGCCUGUAGUCGCAGGAAACCAGCAUGAUGCAAACUCGGUGUGGCACUGGCAUAAAGUGGAUUGUGCUUAUUUAUUUAUUUAUUUAUUUAUUUAUUUAUUUAUUAACAUUACAGGUCAUUCAGUAAUGAAAGCACAGGUUGGGUUGUGCUUUGUGCAAAAUAGGAACACAAGUAUUUUUUCCCUAUUUGGGCAAACAAAUUGUUUGAUUUAUUUGAUGUUUUCCUUUCAUUAUCCAUUCAUUAAUCAUCAUUAACUGCUUUAUCCCCCUGAGGGUUGUGAUGGAUCUAGAGCGUUCAGAUUUCAGGAACACUGGAAGUGAGGAGGGUAAAUACACCCUGGAUGGGAUGCCAGCCCCAUCUCAGGGCACACAUAUUCUGAGAGCCUAGAGGAAACCCAUGCUGAGAACAUGUGACACUCUGAGGUCGGGAUUGAACGGGGGACCCUGGAGCUGCAAGGUGGCAGUGCUACCCACUGUA